AUGGACAUGCCACCGGUGAAGAAAUUCCUAGGGUUUCUGCCGCUGAAGUACGGUUGCUUUCUCAUCUCCCUGUUCGGCUUCUCCCUCGGCGCGCUCAUGUUGGCGGGGAUCAUCAUCUACGGCAUAGCGGAGCACCUCGUCAUGUCGUAUUUCCCGAGCUACGUGAUAGACGAGGACGUGAAGAAGGUGGUGCUGCUGCCGACGGGGCUGUCGAGCCUGCUGCUGCUGCUCGCCAACGCGCUGCUGCUGCUCGGCGUCACGUUCAAGCGGGAGACCAACGUGGGGCUGGGCGCGCGCAUCCUGCUCUUCAUGUGCGUGUUGCUGCUCCUCAUCGCCAUCGCCUGCCCCGUCUCCUGCUUCUUCCUCCCCUCUUUGUGUGUCAUCAAGAGAAUGAUGAUAUAUUCUGUUAUAUGUAUGUACUUGAUACUGACUCUGUUCGUGGACAUGUGGCUGUAUUGCAGCACGGUUUGUUGGAAUUUGCAGCAGACCAUGGUAAAAUGA